AUGGGUAAUUCAGAGAGUAAUGUUGCAAGUGGCGUGAAAAAACAAGCGGACACUUCCAAUGUACAGAUGUACAAACUGGUGGAUCUGAAAGGAGGAGGUUUACUUGUUGAACUGAUGAAGCGAGCCGCACAAAACAAACAAUACGCAGAACUGGAUCAUGCUAUCAAGACAAAAGUAGAACCGUUCUUAUACAACCGAGGUAAAGGAAAGUGGAUCCCAGUAGCGCAACUGGUGCUCAUGAGGAACAUAGAUCGACCUCGACACAAAAUGCUACCAAUAGUGCGGAACAUGGAUGAAGGGACUUUUGAUGUUAACAAAAAUUACAUGAACAUCCCAGAACCAAAGGAGGGGGAGAGAGUUGACACCAGCAAGUAUAGAGAGGUGUGUUGGGACCUCAAUGAGAGAGGCGCUGUAGGAGAGACUGUGCUACAUUUGUGUCUACUCAGUGCUACAUCAGUACACGCAGACUUGGCCAAGAGACUGCUCAAGUUCUACCCGAAGUUGAUCAACGACAUCUACAUGUGCGACGAGUAUUAUGGUGAGAAUGUUCUUCACAUUGCGAUUGUAAAUGAAGAUCCAGCCAUGGUGAAGUUCCUUCUUGACAGCGGAGUCAACUUCGAAGAGAGAUGUUUCGGCAACUUCAUGUGCCCUGAAGAUCAGAAGUUUUCUCGGAGUGAUUCUGUGGACCAUGAAUGGGUCAACCUUACUCCUUUUACCAACUACGAGGGGUACGUCUAUUGGGGAGAGUACCCGUUGUGUUUUGCCGCGUGUAGAAGUCAAGAGGAGUGUUAUCGUCUGAUUCUUGCGCGAGGAGCAAACCCUGACGCCCAAGAUACAAAUGGCAACACUGUGCUUCAUAUGCUGGUCAUCUAUGAAAAGAGUCAAAUGUUCGACAUGGCCUAUGAGACUGGUUCCAACCUGAGUAUUCUAAACAUACAGAACCUCACUCCGUUGACACUAGCAGCCAAACUCGCUCGGAUAGAGAUAUUUUUCCACAUUCUUAACAUCGAACGAGAAAUCUAUUGGCAGAUUGGAAGUAUAACGUGUGCUGCUUAUCCGCUUUCCCAAAUUGAUACAAUAGACAAUGAAACUGGAAAUAUAAGCAAAAACUCUGCUCUCAAUUUAGUUGUGUUUGGGGAAAAAGAUGAACAUUUGGAACUGAUGGACGGAGUACUUGUGGAUCUACUCCAUGCUAAGUGGAACGCUUUUGUCAAAUACAGGUUCUACAGACAGUUCAUCUUCUUCUCAUGCUACUUUCUCGUUUCUCUCGCCGUGUUCACCAUGAGACCUGGUCCACCCGCGGCUGUAGUCAAAGCUGCCAACACGACUUCUCUCUACUCCAGCUCCACAUAUACAACCUCGUCUCCCUUCGGAGAGAACGGAACUUCCACGACAUCAAUGGCUGAGGUUCUAAUGGCUAUGCGUAUGGACGGAUCCAGCAACGUAGUUUUCAACGAAAACAACACUUUAGAACUCUUCAACAACAUGCUUCCGACAAACAUCACUCCGAUCCUUCAACAACUGAAUGUUUCAUUUAGUGAACUUUUACAAAGCGAUAACAUCGGAGAAAUUCUCAACAGUAUAGCAGUCCCACAAGAACCACCCGACAAACUUUCAAUUGACGAAGAAACCAGGAAAGACAAUGAGAGUGAUGGGAAGAUAUUAGAUACUUUGAAAUUGGCAGCAUUCAUCAACCGAGUAAAGAAGGACACUCCUACGAACAUCAGCAAUAAAAAUGUAACGUUUGGAAAUUUAGUUGAACUACCUGCUAAAAAUGGCAGUGGAGGUAUUCCAAGAGUGGAUUUCACAAAGAUAAAUUUGGUUUUGCCUACAAGCUCUACAAAUCCUCAGAUCGGGUCACUAGAAAGAAUCAAAGGAUUAUGGGAGGAGAUCGCUGGAGAUUGUCGUCUUCUACAAGCCAAUGAUAGCACGGACGUCACCAGACUUCUUGCUGAACUCUUCCUAGAGAUUGGAGCUUUCCUGUACAUCCUGGCUGCUUUGAGAGAAGCCAAGUUUCUUGGACUCAAUAUGUUCAUUGAAAAUUUGAUGACAGCGCCAUCUAGAGUCAUGUUUCUGAUCUCUUGCUCACUGAUGCUCGUGAUGCCGUUCCUGAGGUUCGGCUGUUACGAAGAGAUAGAAGACGUUGUUUCUGUCAUCAUAAUGCUAACUACAGCUCCUUACUUUUUGUUCUUUUGCAGAGGAUUCAAGACCGUUGGACCUUUCGUAGUGAUGAUUUACCGUAUGAUUAUGGGGGACUUGUUGAGAUUUGCUACCAUUUAUCUUGUUUUUGUCAUGGGGUUCUCCCAAGCGUACUACAUUAUCUUCUUAUCGUUUGACAACCCCCUGACUCCUGAUGGGGUGGACGAUUCAGUGUCUAACCCUCUACCCAACCCUAUGGAAGCAGUGAUGGGGAUGUUCUUUAUGUCCCUCACUAACUUUGGCGACUACUACGCGGCCUUUGAGAGAACUGAGCAUGAAACUGAAGCUAAGAUAAUGUUCGUGGUGUACAUGGGCAUUGUAGCCAUUCUACUGGUGAACAUGUUGAUUGCUAUGAUGGGCAACACUUAUCAGAAGAUUGCUGAAACCAGGAAUGAGUGGCAACGCCAGUGGGCUCGUAUUGUUCUGGUAGUGGAGAGAGGUGUUAGUCCAAAGGAACGACUCAACAAACUCAUGUGGUACAGUCAACCCAUGUCCGACGGACGGCGAGCUCUCGUUCUCAGACUUAACCAGACUGAGGAAGACAAGGAAGAGAUGAAAGAAAUUAUGGAAAUGAAGAGAAUCCAUUUGAAAAAUGUUGAGAAAAGAAGACGAGGGAGAAAACUACUGGAUACUCCAAGCCCGAAGAGAAUAGAUUUAAAUAAUGACAAUAAGUAAAUGAGAUUUUGUUUUGGAUGGGAUUAUGUUCUAUGUUAAAAUAUGUAUUGUUAAAGUAACUAUGUUGUUUUAAUGUUUUUAUAUACUGUUGAA